AGUCAUUCAAGGCAUUUAAAAAAUAUUCAAAGUAGGAAAAGAAGAAAAGAGAAGGGUAAACUCUACAAAAAAAUAUCGGAGACUUUACCCAUUAUGUAGACUCCUAAGAAGAGUAAUAAGCAAAAUAAAUUAAUUAAAAAAAAGUCGCUAAGGUGAUAUUUAGCUGUAAAAGUUAAGAUCAGAAAAGCUAGAAGGAUAUAAUAGAAAGUCGAGGAAAGUGGAAGUUUCUCAAAAAUUGCAUUUUGAAAGGAGAUAAAUCGAAAAAGAAAAAUCACCGUUUUCUGAAGAAAAGUAAAAGAGUAAAUUUAUAUUUUUAAUUGUGAUUUAAGAGUAAAUUUAAUAUUAAUAAGAAAGUAUAAAGUUUAAUGACUGCUAAAAGAGUGAAAAAAGUGAAGUAAAAGGCUUUAAAUUGAAUACAAAUAGCUCACGGGAAGUUUGGCACAGAAAAAAAAUAAAAGAGAUCCAGCGAACGACGCCAUUUUGAUAUAUAGAAAUUGCGUAGUAAUUUUAAAGAAAAAAAAUAACAACUUCUCAUCAUCUCUUUUGUGCGCAAAACAAGUCAAGCGAGUUACGACGUUAAUAUACAUAAAAAUAAAAAAAAUUAAGAGGCAAAGCUAAAAGAAAGAGUGUAUUGAAGAAGAAAAUUUGUGGACUAAGUACUUUUUAAUAUAAUUUAGUUUUUUCUGUGAUACAAAUUUUACAAAAAACAAGGAUUAUUAAACAACCAACAACAACUGCAACACAAAGAAAAGCUUAACAAUAUAAAAAGUUCAAUUUAACUAGUUAAAGUGCAACAACAAAAUUUCACUCAAACGAAAGUAUUGCAGAUUUUUGUUUCGGGUUUUUAAUAUAGAGGAUUCGAUUUUACUCAUCUAAUACAAAAGUUUAUAACGAAAAACCAAGAAGAAGAUAACAAGAAAAUCGAGAAAAAUGGGAACUAAUAACAAGAAUUAUAGCGAUCAUCAAAGGACGUUUAACAAUACAAGUCCAAGCAAUAAGAAACAGUACUCAUCUCAAAGGCCCUCGCCAUCAAAGUCUAUUAAUAUUAAAACCCCGAACAAAAAUUUUAAUGUUGCGGGAAAAAAUAAUUAUUAUAAUAAUAAUUAUAACAACAACAAUAAUGUUAAUAUAACUACUACAACUAAUAAUAAUAAUAAUAAUGCAAAUCGUCUUAGUCUCAGUGGAUCACCAACAAACUCAUUCUUUGCUGCAAGCAAAUGUUUUGAAUCACCAUCGCCCGAUUCUCUCCCGAGACCUCCAUCAACAUGGACAACUGAAAACUUUAGUACAACUACACAAAGUAGCACAAUUCAUCGCGUACGUAAAGCAUUAAUUAUGCCAACUGAUACUAUUAACAAUUCUUGUGCUAUGGAGUUUGCCGCGGCAUCUUCGUUCAUCGAUAGAAAUGAUCAUUUUACGCAAAGCUUAAAACUUUUGCUCAACGUCAAUGCAUAAUUUUUUUUUACAUAAACAAGAAACGAUUUUAUUUCUCAAAUCUUCAAUUGUUCUGGAUGUACCUUAUAAAACUAACUUGUAAAAUAUCAUCAGCAGCAAGCUACAACAACAAUUAUACAUUUUUGAGUUCUUUUUUGUAAAAAAGUAAUAACGACAAGUUCAGGAUUCUUGCAAAGAAAGAAACAAAAUCUCUAGUAAGACAAUUAUUUUCCUUUCUAAUACUUAAUUCUUAUUUUGUUUUUUUUCAUAACUAUUAAAAUUAUUAAAUUGUGAAAUCUGAAAUAUUUCAAACUUCACCCAGUGAAAAUUUAUGUGAAGAAACAUGACAACAGCCUGAUUUGAUGAGAAAAGUGUUAGUUUAUAGAAUGUAUUAUAUUUGUACAUGAAAAAGCACAAUAGAUAUUGGCUUAAGUUGAAAAAUUUCAGAUUCUGUUUAAAUUGAUUGAUUUUUAUACAAAAAAUUACCAUUUAUGUUUCCAAUAGUUUCCUUUUCCCCUCCUAAAAUAUUGUACAAAGUCAAAAUUAUCUAACUUAAACGUUCUGUUUUCGUCUUGUAAUAAGGUACCGAUCAAAAUUUUAUAAAUUUAUCCAUAUUUGAUUUUCUUGAUGUGAAUCAUCGACCAA